ACUCUCUCCCUGGCUGUGCUGUGUGUUCACUCUCUGGCUGUGCUGUGCUGUGUGUUUGCAGAGAUCCUGGGCGCGCUGGUGUCUGUGCUGUCUAUCUGGGUGGUGACCGGGGUCCUGGUGUACCUGGCAGUGCAGAGGAUCCUCACUGAGCAGUAUGAGAUCGACGGCAGGGUGAUGCUCAUCACAUCGGGCUGUGCCGUCGCUGUCAACGUCAUUGAGGGCCACGACACCUCUGCCAGCCCCCAGCAGAACCCCAGCGUGCGGGCCGCCUUCAUCCACGUGAUCGGGGACCUGCUGCAGAGCGUGGGCGUGCUGAUCGCUGCCUAUGUCAUUUACUUCAAGCCAGAGUACAAGAUCAUCGACCCGAUCUGCACCUUUCUCUUCUCUCUGCUGGUCCUGGCCACCACCAUCACCAUCCUGAGAGAUGUCCUGAGGGUCCUCAUGGAGGGUAGGUCUCCCCUGAGACAGGGCUCCAGCACAGAGCUCAGAGUCUCCCCUGAGACAGGGCUCCAGCACAGAGCUCGGAGUCUCCCCUGAGACAGGGCUCCAGCA